AUGGCUUCACCACAGGCCUCAGCCAAGCUGCGGAAGUCCUGUGAUUUAUGCGCAGCUACAAAGGUUGGAUGCACCAAGGAGAAGCCAAGAUGCGCUCGCUGUGCCAAACGAGACCAGCCCUGUGUAUACGGCACGGCUAAGCGCGCAGGUCGUACGUCUGGCAAGACCCAGACCAGUGCACAACGAGACUCAGUCUUGACAAUGACGACUACGGUAUCCCCAAGCCCUACGUUCACCUCUCCCCGGACGGCCGAUGCCACUGAUCCGUCGACGUCCGGAAGUGCUGCAUUAUCCCCACAGCUAGGUAGCCAGAUACAAUGCUUGCAGUAUCCUGAUAAUAUCUGCAGACCGUCCCAGCCGGCACUAGAUGAAAACUGUCCAUCACUGGCCCCGGUGACUCCUCCCCCAGAACUAGACGAGCUGUUGGCAUCAACCACAGCCUUUCCUCCAGACCACCACCAAGGCGAUGGGGCCGCCCCCUUCGACUUCAGCUUCGAGGACGUUACGUUGCCGGCAUCUCCCACAUUUGCGGGUCUUCCCCAUCUCAGCACAUCGCCUCUAUCAAUCGGCGUCCCAACCCCAGGGUCCUGCAAAUGCUUAUCUCACGCUCUAUGCCUGCUAGGUGGCCUGACCCCAGGCAAACCAGGAUCGUCAGUCUCUCAACUGCCAGAUUUUGAGCAAGUUCUCGCCCAAAACGAGCAAGCAAGUGAAACAGUUCGCGCAAUUCUACAAUGCAGCUGCUCUAGCGACGGCUACCUUCUCACCACCCUGUCACUUGUAGUUUUUCGAAUAAUUGCCUGGUACACUGCGGCUACGGGAGCUGCCACAGGCGAAGACCCACCAGAACCAGUCCUCCAGGGUCCGCCCUUGACAGACGGCGAGUGCGAAGGUGAGCAGCGCAUUGCAGUGCAGCGCAUCCUCUCUAAACUUUCAGGCGUUCAGGCGUCUAUCAACCUUCUCUCGCAGCGUCUACACAGGAUAUCUGAGACUGCCGAGGAGAAAAGUUGUCCAGGCUUGUCAUGGUUGGACAAGAAUGCCUCCCCCGGGGGAGGUAUGCAUGCCUUCUUAAAACCGUUCUCAUCUGGACUGGCGAACAUUCUAGAGACAGAUCUCCGGAGGCGUCUUUGCGAACUGUCAAAAGCUAUCUUAGAAAGAUUACGAAAGCGAUGA